AGUGGUGCAGCGGUCAGCAGUGGAAUAGAAGCCAUCCAGCUUCACUCUGUGCUGCCUUUCGGCUGCUCUGAGGGCUUUUUCCAGACCGUACUUCGGGGCUUGGUACUCGGUCUCCGAUGGAACGGCUUCUGGGCAGGACGUCCCACGGUUCACUUCCUCCCCGACCGCUGAAGGCUAGGGGGCAGGUCUCUCUUCUCACCGUAUGUCUCUUCAUUCUACUGAGGAAUAGGUUGCGUUGCUGUCUCUCUCUGCGGUCACGUUCAAAAGUCUUGAGGAACUGGACUAUGCUGCAUCUUUCUUAAUUUCUGCAUUUCCUGCUUGAAGACCACUGACACGCCGACAGGAAUAGCUUUCAAAGGACACUAAUCCCCAGGACGUCCCCAGCACCCCUCUCCUGCUGCCCCACAUGGCCAUACCCCGGGUACCUCCAGCUAGGGUUUCACAUUCCUGCUCAGCGCGGUCCCACGCUGUUACACUAUGCCCAUCAGAUUCACUCUGUGGGACCGAUGUUAGGGAAGGGAGGUCCGUCCAAACAGGUCGUAAUGUUGGGAUGUUCCAAGGAGAAGGACGGGAUGGAAGCCUCCGUCUAAGUGACAGAGCAACAGCACUAAACAUCUCCUAUCGUCAGCGGGAGAAGCAGACCUGACCCCCCAGCUCUGCAGCGGACUGUAACCCUGGGCUCAGACUGUAGGGACGGGGUAGAGACCUCCAGCUGACCCCCCCAGGUCUACAGCGGACUGUAACCCUGGGCUCAGACUGUAGGGACGGGGUAGAGACCUCCAGCUGACCCCCCAGGUCUACAGCGGACUGUAACCCUGGGCUCAGACUGUAGGGACGGGGUAGAGACCUCCAGCUGACCCCCCAGGUCUACAGCGGACUGUAACCCUGGGCUCAGACUGUAGGGACGGGGUAGAGACCUCCAGCUGACCCCCCAGGUCUACAGCGGACUGUAACCCUGGGCUCAGACUGUAGGGACGGGGUAGAGACCUCCAGCUGACCCCUGCCCCUCCGGACCCCCGUACUGCCCCGGACCCCCCCACCAUGGACCCCCCGGGGGGGCGCUACCUGGACCGGCGCGCGGCGUGCUCGCCCAUCGGGGCGGCCCGGCUCAGCCAGCUGGUGCUGGGCUGUGCGGUGGUCGCCAUGGUGAUCCACAGCGCGGGCUACAGCGGCUCCUAUGGCGUGUUCUGCAUGGCCGUGUGGUGCCUCUGCUUCGCCGUCACCACGGUGAUCUUCUUCCUGGACGCUACGCGGCUGUACGGCUGCCUGCCCGUCUCCUGGGGCAACCUCACCGUGGCCUUCGCAGCCCUCGCCACCCUCAUGUACGUGACGGCGUCGGUCGUCUACCCGCUCUACUUCGUCAGCUCUGAGUGCCCGUACGCCGGCUGCGAGGUUCGCAACUUCCGCAUCGCCGUGGCGACCUGCUCCAUGGCGGCCACGCUGGCCUACGGGGCGGAGGUGGUGCUGUCCCGCCGGCCCGGCCAGGCCGCCGCCGCCGGCUACAUGGCCACACCCCCGGGGGUCCUGAAGGUGGUGCAGGCCUUCGUGGCGUGCGUGAUCUUCGGGGGCGUGGCCAACGGCGGGGGGCUGGCGGGCCGGCCCGGGCUGGUCUGCUGCGUGGCGGUGUGGGCGGGCUGCUUCGGCCUCACCUCGCUGCUGGUGCUGCUGGCGGUGUGCGGCCGUACCGGGGCGCUGCGCUGCCUGCCCUGGGACCGCCUGCUGGGGGCGUACGGCCUGCUGGCCCUGCUGCUCUACCUCAGCGCCUCCGUGGCCUGGCCCGUGCUCUGCUUCGACAGCAAGUACGGCUCACCCUGGCGCCCGGCGUCCUGCCCGCGGGGGGGCUGCGUCUGGGACAGCCAGCUGGUGGUCUCCGUCCUCUCCUUCCUGAACCUCGGCCUGUACGCCGCCGACCUCGUGUACUCCCAGAGGCCGCCGCCGGGGCCCCGCGCCCCCGGGGCCCCCCGCCCCCGGGUGUAGCCCCCGGGUG